GCCCGGCUGCAGCAUCCAUUUCGCCUACUUUAUCAAGCACAGGCAGGCUCUGUGUUAGGCAUUGUGGUGAACAACACAGACAUGGUCCUUGCCUUUAUGGAGCUUACCAGGAGCUUACCAGCUUACCAGGGAGGGUGGGGGGUGGACAAAGAGAGGAAGCUAGUAAAUGAAUAAAGCUGAUAGUUUCAGAUUGUGGUUAUCGUAGGAGAAUGUGACAAUGUGGAACUGGGAAGGUGAGAUAGGGUGGUACCUCUAGAGGCUGAUGUUUGAGCUGAGGCCUGAAUGAUGAGAAUCUUCAUGAGGCAGAAUUUUAUCCUAAGUGCAUUUUGUUUUCUUUUGCAAAGACAGGGUAUUGCUAUGUUGCCCAGGCUGGUCUCGAACUCCUGGCCUUGAGCAAUCCUCCUGCCUUGGCCUUCCAAAGUUCAGGGAUUAUAGGCGUGAGCCCCCGCACCUGGCCCCUAAGUGGAUGUGUUUGCCUCCUGUACUCCUCAGCCUUAUUUGUCGCUGUAGCACUGGGCUCCCUCAGCAGUGCAAUGUGUUGGAGACAGUGGCCUGUGUCCCUAGUUUUGCUACACAUCCCACCUCUCACCCCACCGUUAAUACUCCCAGGAGUCUCCUCCUGGGGACAAAAUCCAUGGAGGAGCCAGACUCCUGGCUCAUUGAGAUGAGGAUGAUUUUGUUGACCUCCUGAUAGUUGUUGGGCUCAUAGGACCUUCCUGGCUGAACACAGGUCUGCUAAAGGAGUCCCCCACAUGCCAGGCCCAGUCCUGCUGCAGCUUCUCUCAGCCCCCCUUGCCAUCUCCCACACGUAGCAGACAUUUAUGAAGCACACAGGUCACCUUACUGAGCAUGAUGGUCACGGUCCUGCACCCACAGAGCUUCUGGGCAGGAGCAGCAGGACCAGAGCAUGUGAAAAUGCACAUCUACCACCCAAUCAGAGAUAUUUGCCCCACUCAGAGAAGGCCUGGCCGCUUAGGGGUACAGCACCUUCAGACAACAGCAACGGCCAUCGAGGACUUCCCGGAGCCAGCUCUCUGAGCAGCUUCAUAUCCCAUCAUGCAUAAUCCUCUCGCCAGCUCUGGACAGAGGCGCUAUUAUUAACCCCGUUUUAUAGGAGAAAACCGACACCCAGGGAGGUGGAGCAAUUUGCCCAAGUAACCUGGAGAAGCAGCCCUGGCCUCGCUCGCACGUGCCUGGCCGUGGACCCCGUGUCCGUGACCCUGCGCGUGUUGUCUCCCCUGGCCCUGGCAGUGUCCCUCCAUUAAUCUGGAUUCGCUCCCAGCAUUGUGGUGACAAGAAUAUUGCUGGAUCUGUGCCUGUUCUACUAACAAGUGGCUAAGCAGAUGACAAGAUUGUAUAAAGCCUGUGUCCCAGCUCAGAACAUUCUCUCCUCUCCCAACAGGGGGCUGCAAAGCGCUCUUGUGAUAAAGGGGCUGCAGGCUGUCAAAGGCCGGUAACAGCACUCCAGGGGCCAGCAGCCACUGUGGCCUCUUUUGAAAAUUGUAAACAAGACUGUAUCCCUCUCCCCUUGCUGUAAACUCUUCAGUGGCUUCACGCGGCUGUUUGUACAAAAUACCGAAUUCUGAAUGUGCUGUUGCGGCCUUGGGGCUGAGGGUCCUGCUGAUGCUGGCAGCUGCCUCUCCUCAAGCCCCUGCCCUCGCGGCCUCGGCCUCACUGGCUGCAGUUCUGUUCCUGUGCCAGGCUUCCUGCCUCAGGAAAGCAGGGUGUCCUGGAGCACUCCGCUGGUCCAGGCGGCAACAUGUCCAUGCUUUUAGCGAUGUCCCUGCCUCUAAUCCAGAAGCCAUGGAGGAGAUAAGGUAGCCCCCCUCGAUCGGAUGGGGAAGCCCAGUUCAAUGGAUACUAAAUUCAAGGAUGACUUAUUUCGGAAGUACGUGCAGUUCCAUGAGAGCAAAGUGGAUACCACCACCAGCAGGCAGCGGCCUGGCAGCGAUGAGUGCCUGCGGGUGGCAGCCUCAACCCUGCUCAGCCUGCACAAGGUGGAUCCCUUUUAUCGAUUCCGGCUGAUCCAGUUCUAUGAGGUGGUGGAGAGCUCCUUGCGCUCGCUCAGCUCCUCCAGCCUGCGGGCUCUGCACGGCGCCUUCAGCAUGCUGGAGACGGUGGGCAUCAACCUCUUCCUCUACCCGUGGAAGAAGGAAUUCAGAAGCAUCAAGACCUACACGGGCCCUUUUGUUUAUUAUGUCAAGUCGACAUUACUGGAAGAGGACAUCCGAGCCAUCCUGAGCUGCAUGGGCUACGCACCUGAGCUAGGCACUGCGUACAGGCUCAGAGAGCUCGUGGAGACCCUCCAGGUGAAGAUGGUCUCCUUUGAGCUCUUUCUGGCCAAAGUCGAGUGUGAGCAGAUGCUAGAAAUCCACUCACAAGUGAAGGACAAGGGCUACUCCGAGCUGGACAUUGUGAGCGAGCGCAAGAGCAGUGCAGAGGACGUGCGCGGCUGCUCGGACGCCCUGCGGCGGCGGGCGGAGGGCCGGGAGCACCUGACGCCCUCCAUGUCACGAGUGGCACUCCAGAAGUCGGCCAGCGAGCGGGCGGCCAAGGACUACUACAAGCCCCGUGUGACCAAACCCUCGAGGUCAGUGGAUGCCUAUGACAGCUACUGGGAGAGCCGGAAGCCACCCCUGAAGGCCUCAUUGAGUCUUCGGAAGGAGCCUGUGGCAGCGGAUGUGGGGGACGACCUCAAGGAUGAGAUCAUCCGCCCAUCCCCUUCGCUGCUGACCAUGGGCAGCUCCCCCCACGGCAGCCCGGAUGCGCUUCCACCCGCCUCCCCCAGCAACGGCCCGGGCCUGCUGCGCGGUACCUACUUCUCCACUCAGGAUGACGUGGAUCUGUACACAGACUCCGAACCCAGGGCCACCUACCGUCGGCAGGAUGCUCUGCGGCCGGAUGUGUGGCUGCUCAGAAACGAUGCCCACCCCCUCUACCACAAGCGCUCGCCCCCUGCCAAAGAGUCCGCCCUCUCCAAGUGCCAAAGCUGUGGGCUGUCCUGCAGCUCCUCCCUCUGCCAGCGCUGUGACAGCCUGCUCACCUGUCCUCCAGCUUCCAAGCCCAGCGCCUUCCCCAGCAAGGCCUCCACUCAUGAUAGCCUGGCCCACGGGGCAUCUCUGCGGGAGAAGUACCCAGGCCAGACUCAGGGCCUCGACCGCCUCCCGCACCUUCACUCCAAAUCCAAGCCCUCCACCACGCCUACUUCCCGCUGUGGCUUCUGCAACCGCCCAGGCGCCACCAACACCUGCACCCAGUGUUCAAAAGUCUCAUGUGACGCCUGCCUCAGUGCUUACCAUUAUGAUCCCUGCUACAAAAAGAGUGAGCUGCACAAGUUCAUGCCCAACAACCAGCUGAACUACAAGUCCACCCAGCUGUCCCAUCUCGUGUACAGAUAGACUGGCCUCGCCCCUUCCAGCUCCAAGGGCUACAUCAACCGACCUUUCGGGUUUCACGGUGAAGAAGUACUAAUGCAUUGAUCUCAGAGGCAGAGGCCUGCACUUGACCAUGUAGGUGGCAGAGAUCGUGGGCUGGCUGUGUCCACGUGCGAGUUCACUUAGCGACUCAGAUGUUUCAACCAAUGGCUGCUUUGUUGUCUGACAAGGGAGAAGGUGGCACUUCCGUUCAGAUUCAUUUUGCUAAUCUCUCCACUCCCUGUUCAGUUGGUUCUUAUUUUGGGGUUUGGUUUUGUUUUGUUGUUUUGUUUUUUCCUUUAAAGAGGAUUUCUGUCUCUGGGACCCUCGCCGCACCUACCCCUCCCAUUGCAAAGCCAACUUGGACUGGGAAGGGCCCUUCAGGUCACCAAACAUCCACCUGGAGCGGCGAGCUAGAGGCCUGUUGGCUUGUGAAAUGAGCCCUCCUGCCACACGGGGCCUCUCCCAAAGGCUCAUCCCUUGGCCGCCCCCUUCCUAAACACAAGGAUCCCCAGCUGGACUCCCCACCCCCUGGCUUUCCCACCUCUCCAGGUGUCAAAGGUGAACCGAGUCCAGUAUUAGCUGAAUGUGAUUUCGUACACCACAGCUCAGUCAGCCCAUGGCCUUCGUGAACUUUGCUCCAACACAUUGAUGUGUGGGCUUCCCACAGCAGGACUGACUUCCCCCUUUCUGUUGUUUGCACAUGCCCCUCUUACUGUACUGUCAAUAGAUAUUUUUGAGAUUUAUUUUUAAAUAAAUAUUCAACUUGCUGUGUGUUUCAACGUGGUUAAAAAAAAUGAAUUAUGUAGCUAUUUAUUAAAUGCCCUGGGUUCUUUAGUCUUCCAUGGGAGGGCCUCGCGCCCAUUCGUGUUGUAUCCUCCACUCACUACGGCCCAAGGGGAGAGGAGAGUUUGGGGCAGGGAAGAACAGACAUGAAGCCUCCUUUUCUUGAGCUGGUGGAGAGCCACUGUCUUCCCUGCAGUAACUAUCUAUACACCUACCUCCAGUGUGCACUUAGGGGGUGAGCGCGGGCGUCGAGGUCUGUGUGCCUGCAGACUGCUAACCUAGUGACAAUUCAGGGACCUCGCCUGUCGGACCUAUAGCUUGCUGAGCAGGAACUUUGCACUUCACACUUCUUGAGUCUCGUUUCAGAAGGAAAAUCAUUUGGGAUUCCUACUGCCCCUCCAUCUCAAUCCUCUUCUCUUCACCAGUUUCCAGGACUCAUCCGCAACAUUUGCAAUCUUUUUGCACUAAAAGUGGGCAGGAGUCGGCAUGUGCCCAUCAGACAGACGGCUCCUCAGAUGCUCAGCUAAGCCUAAGCGCUUCCAAGCCUGAAGUCCCCUUCAGCUCCUCAUGUGAAUUACCAACCCCUGGAUUUUCCUUGUGGGGGUAGAAGAGCAGGAGUGGGGCAAGAGUUGGAAAAUAAAGCCGCUUCCUUGUGAACUAACAAUAUAUUUUAGCCAUAACUGUUUGUGAUGUACACAAUGUUAAGGGAUUUAUAUGCAGUGGGUUUUUCUGGGAGAAAGUUAUUCAGCUCUUGAGCAAGUUUAAGUCUGGCUGAAUCCUGAGGCCACUGUGAAUUUGCUGAUGUUCUUCCAACUCAGUUGAGUGAUUUUAAGGUUUUCCAAAUCUUCUAUGGCUCUCUUUUUAAUAUAUAUAUAUAUAUAUAUAUAUAUCUGGUAGAUCACAUGUAGAUGUACAGUGUGUAUAUUAAGCUGAAUUUCAACCAACUUUAUUACUAAGACCAGCUUAGCGGGGCGUUCGUCUUUGAUGUUCUUCCUUUUCACAUUUCAGAAUCGGCAAUGCCUGGCCCACUCCUGAGAGCUCUAGUUUUCUAGUUUUCCAUUUCCAGAUUGUGCCAGCAUUACAGUAACUAACUCUUUUUAACCAACCGUGAUGCCACGUAACUUACCCUAUGGACAAAAGCAGGAAUGACCAAUACAUCCUAAGAGGGAAAGUCCAGUGUACUUGUCAUGACGGACGCACUGUGGUCACAGACUAGAAUACGAAAUACUACAGCCCUGCUCCCUGGUGUGCAUCUUACUGGAUGAGGUUGCUGUGAUUGAGAUAGUUAAAUACAUGCUAAUUUAAAAAUGCAGAUGUUUUGCAUUUGAUUUCUACCAAGAGUUGAAAUGUUGAGAGAUGAUUAAAAAUAAUAAUAAUAAAGUGUCUUCCAUUGUUAAA